CUCUCCCUCCCUUGUGAAGUGAACAGGGGAGAGAGGAUCAUAAAAAAAGAGCCAGGAUCGGCGACAGUGACAGCGCCUGCGGCUCCGGCGCCUGUGCGCGAUCCUCCCUCUCACUCACCGCCAACACUCGCACCAAUGCGCGCCCUCAGCCAUCUCCAGCAGACACCACCGCAUCACAACACUGCGCCCGCGGUCUGAAAUUCACCCCACUCGCUUUAUUGUUGUAGUUGUUGGGCAUACGACAUACGAGCAGCCAUAGAGACGCAAACACUCUAAUUUCAGUCCUUAAUCUGAAUGACGGGCGGACGGUUCGACUUCGACGAUGGCGGCACUUUCUGCGGUGGAUGGGAGGACGGAAAAGCCCACGGACACGGCAUCUGCACCGGCCCCAAGGGCCAGGGCGAAUACUCCGGGUCCUGGUCCAACGGGUUUGAGGUAGUUGGGGUGUACACCUGGCCCAGUGGAAAUACAUACAAGGGCUACUGGGCGCAGGGGAAACGGCACGGGCUCGGCGUGGAGUCCAAGGGGAGGUGGCUGUACCGCGGGGAGUGGAGUCACGGAUUUAAGGGUCGGUAUGGGGUUCGCCAGAGUCUCAACACACCUGCCAGGUAUGAAGGGACAUGGAGUAAUGGACUGCAAGAUGGAUAUGGGGUCGAGACGUACGGGGAUGGGGGUACGUACCAGGGCCAGUGGAUGGGCGGCAUGCGACACGGCUAUGGCGUACGUCAGAGCGUGCCUUACGGCAUGGCCACUGUCAUCCGCUCCCCGCUGCGCACCUCACUGGCCUCCCUCCGCAGCGAGCAGAGUAACGGCUCCGUUCUUCACGACCACAUGUCCGACAGCCCUGCUGGCACCCGCGGCGGCUUCGUCCUGAACUUCCACAGUGACAGCGAAGUGGGCUCCGGCAAAAAAAAGGGGCUUUUCAGACGGGGUUCACUGUUCGGGAGCCUCAAGCAGCUGAGGAAGUCAGACUCCCGUUCUUCCAUAUCCAGCAAACGCAGUUCGGCACGAAGCGACGCCACCAUCAGCCGCAUCAGCUCUAGCGAUGCAAACUCCACCAUUAGUUUUGGCGAUGGAGAAGUGGCUGAUGAGUACAUGCCGGCUGAGGACAACGUUGAUGCCACCACCACCGAGUCAUACAUGGGCGAGUGGAAGAAUGACAAGCGGAAUGGUUUCGGUGUCAGCGAGCGCUCCAAUGGGAUGAAAUACGAAGGCGAGUGGAUAAACAACAAACGCCACGGCUACGGGUGCACGAUAUUCCCUGAUGGGACGAAAGAAGAGGGAAAGUACAAAAAUAACGUUUUGGUGCGUGGCAUCAAGAAGCAGCUUAUUCCCCUCAAGAACACCAAGACGAAGCAGAAAGUGGACCGUGCCCUUGAAGGAGCCAUAAGAGCGUCUGCCAUUGCCCGAACAAAAGUAGAAAUUGCCACCUCAAGAACUGCACACGCCAGGGCCAAAGCAGAGGCAGCUGACCAGGCGGCCCUGUCUGCCAGCCAGGACUCUGAUAUCGCCAGAGCAGUGGCUAGAGAACUGUCCCCCAACUUCUAUCAACCAGGUCCUGACUAUAUCAAGCAAAGGUUUUCCAGUGAGCCUAUCGAGAUUAAAGAAGUACCAGAAGAAAAGAAAGAGAAAUCACCUUCAGGAAGUCCGCACUUUUAUCGCAAAGGCACGACCCCAAACCAGUCCCCUUCCCAAAGCCCGGGACCCACACCACCUCCCUCUCCCCCUCUCAGCAAGAAAAAGCCCUUCUUUAACAGAAGUGCCCCAAAAGCCAUCAAGGAAAACAAGACCCCUGCUGCCGAAAGCCUGGCAGUGGGUGUCACCAAGGCUACUUCCAGGAUAUCAGACAAACAGGAAGUAAAACAGGAAAUAGUACCGGUAGCCAAACCCUCCAAGCCGCCGGCGCCAGUCGCCAAUGCCUCCAGCCCUGGGAAUGGUGAGCUGCACUCCCAAUAUCACGGGUACUUUGUGAAGGCGGAGGUGAUGAUGCCACCUGAUGAUCCUGAGGAUGAAGAACACCAUGCAACAUCGACUGCUCACACCAAGAUGCCCCCUGCUGCAAAGCAAUACCGCACACCGACCCCCAAACCAGUAAUGGCCAUAGAGAGCAAACCCGAACCCAAACUGAAGAAACAGGAAUCAUUGAAGCCAAAGAGCCUAGCAGAAACUAAGAAAGCCAGCAUGGAAAUUACUACUGACAUUGUUGAGGAGGAGUCAGGUCCCAACUCAAUAUUGGUCAUACUAGUGAUGCUGAUAAAUAUUGGACUGGCAAUUAUUUUUGUUCAUUUCCUCACUUGAUGGCACAUUAAACUCAGGUAAGACUCUCGCACUCAGAUGGAGGAUUUCGGCCCUGAUCUUUUCCCCAUGUCAGUCACCAACUAAUGUAGUCUACCUUACUCUUGCCAUGUAAUUGCAGCUGUGCCUGAAUGUUAUUCAACAUAAUUACUUACCCUCUAACUGUUUCGACCCUUCAGUGAGCUCAUGAAAACUAGCGGCAUAGGCCCCUAAUUCUCCGCACUUGCGUCAAUGGCCUUUAAAACAAAAUGGCACCAGUCAGACUCAGAAACAGGCAAAGGACUGGAUGACUGGAAUUAGAGCAAAUCAUGGGAGAAAGACGAAACCCGGACCAUUCGGCUUGAGCCAACCCAGUUCCUCUGGUGAUGAUUUGUGACUCGCUUGGGCUCUGAAAGCUGAAGCAAGCAGUCGUUGGGAAAGAAAAAGAAUCUGCUGAUCCAAGCCGUACCCAGUCAAGUGCAUGUCCACCCUGCUGCUAAGGGGAGGGGUGGAAUGGGGGGACUUAACUGGAUAUGUUCGGAGAUGCACUUUUAGCUGACGGAAGCGAACAGCUGCCUUACUAUUUUACCACCUGACGUUUUAAAGGGGAGAUGUGCAUCGGGUUGCCAGUGUGUUUGGGCAGCAGGAGUGUGUACCAGUGUCCGCUUUCCGCUUGGUUCGAAACACCAUGCACAUUUUGAAAGGGUCACUUGCCAGUCUUAUUCCAUUACCCAUCUCUACAGCCUUGUCUAACAUCUCUUGCUCCUGUUUUAGGAGAUUCGUCUAUGACAUGCCUGUGCAUGGUACUGGUUUAACGACUUUGUCUUGACUUUUUUUGUUUGUCUUUGUUUCUGUUGUGUUCUUUAUUUCUGCACCUGUAGCUAAGGAUGACGAAAAUAUCCAAUGAAAAAUCAAACUUGAAAAUAACAGCACGUAACAGUUUGAACUGUAAGAUUUAUAAUUUUUCAAGAUUUUUUUUUUUUAAUAGUGCGUGGUUUGAUUGAAUAUAUUUAAGGUAUUAUUGUAAAAUUGUGUGUGUGUUUUCUUUUGAAGGAUAGGCAGUUUUACAUUGUACUAGGGCAAAAUGCAUGGCUUUUAUUUUAUUUAUUUUGAAAUGACUAAUUGUGACAUUUUGCACAUUUAAUAUUCACGGCCUGAGACUGUGCCCACUAACCCCCCAAACCCCCCACACUACCCCUAAAGUUGACGUGCAGAGCGGUACCUGUCUCAGUAUUAUGCCUGCUUAAUUGUGUUGAAUACAUUCAGGUGGACCCAAUGGUUAUAAACGCGAAUGUAAAGAUGGUUGCCUUUAAGAAUUUGUAACAGUGUUAUAGUUUACCUCUGAAAAUGUGAUUUUUGAAAUGCUGUCUUAAUUGGGGAUUUUUGUGGAAAUCUGCUGUUAUUCUCCAUUAUUUUGGUUUGGUGGUGCAUGAGGAUGUGGUUGCAAUUAUUGUGCACAUGGUGCAUUCGCACCAGUAUUUAAAUGACAAAUGUAUACAUAAAAAUAGAUCUAUUUUAUAUACAAAGUCAGAAUAUAUUUAGUCAACAGUUGGACACUAAAUGGCCUUGACUAAAAUUACAGCACUGCAUCUUUUGCUGAUUGAUUCAAACAUCCUGCGUGCAUGGUGUAUUUUUGUCAGCUAUGGAUGUGUUGUGUGAAGCAUGAAUUUCAGCAGUAACAGGGUAACUGUUUUUACAGAGGUUUUGUCAGACUGCGAGAGUAUGUGAGAGAGGAGGAGGAGGGAAGAGAAGAGCAUCAGAAUGGAUGAUGGUUUGUCAUUUGACAAGAGAGAGUAAUCUUCAAAUGUAAAACAGACUUAUUUUUAAAGAAAUAAUAUCUUUUAAAGAAAUAUGUUUUUUUUUUCUUUUCUUUUUUUUUUUUGUGGUGGGGUAAACAUCUUUGAUUUACACUCAUUGGCUAUGUAAAUCGCUGUUUUUUCUGUUUUCUAUUUCUGUUUAUAUUCCAUCCUGACCUGAUACAUAUUAGAUGUAUUUAAAAUGUCCCCUUACAAUUUGGCAUUUGUUUAACCAGUAAAGAUUUAUUUGUCAUUUUGUUUCCAUUACCAAGAAGUUACAAAAAAGUUAAUCUCUAUACCAAGAAAAGUUACAAAUUGUGUAUUUUUAUAAAAAAAGAAAAAAAAGAAAGAAAGAAAAUAAAAACACUGCUGGUAUUUAAGAUGUUUUAUUGAAAAACAGUAUUCAAUUUAAAGCUUUUGUGCUGUUAUGAUUUAAUAUCUAGCAUAGCUCUUCAGAUUGACCAUACAAAAAUUCACAACUGAAGAAUCAUUAAUUGCAAAUUCAAGAUUUGCAUAAAAUUUAGGUUAAAGCAAAAAACGGGUAAUAAAGACAUGCAACAGCACGAAAGGGUUAAAUACGACAUUUAAAAUGGCUCGAAUCAGUUAUUGUAAUAUCUUAACAUUUUUAAAUUGGUUUGAAUGUAUUGUUUUCAUUUUAAAGGCUGAACAUAUGGAAAAAUGUUGCUGAAAGUUUUUAUAUGAACUGUCCCACACACCUUAAUGAUAAUGAAACGUAUAUAUAGAUAUAUAUUAUUUUUUUGGAAAUUAUUGAUAUAAAUUAUAAUUAAAAAGAUGACUUUUCAAAGUUUUGAA